AUGGCUUUAAUUUUGCAGGAAAAAAAAUUCAAUUCAGAAGAAGUUACAGCUAUUAUCAAAGAAAUUAUAGAAAAUACGCUUGGUGAUGCAGAAUAUUCUCAUGCCAAAGUAGCUACAUGGAGCUCAAACAUCAUUGAAGGAUGUCUGAACAAAUUAAAGAGUAUGAACUCAAAUUAUAAAUAUGUUGUUACCUGUGUGAUUCUGCAAAAUAAAGGAACCGGAUUUUAUACAGGAAGUUCUGUUUAUUGGGAUAACCAAAAUGAUGGCAGUGCUAGUUACAGACAUGAAUCUCGAUCUCUGUAUGCAUUGGUGAAUGUGUUUGCAUUAAACUUUUAA